AUUUUAACGCCGGAAAUCCCUCCACUUUUCCUUUUUCUCUACGUUCUCCGUUCAAACGCAGCACACAGCCAAAUCUAUAUGUAUCGCCGUAGAUUUAUACGGUAUCACAUAAAUUGAGAUUAUUAGCAUAAGUUAACAGAUUCGAUUUUAAACCCUAGCGUUACAAAUCUAAAAGUCUGUGGAUCCUACACUUACACUGUUACGCUGAUCACUGCUUCAUAUAGUACACUGUGUGUGUGUGUGUGUGUGUGUUUAUAGAUAUAGUUAUAGAUAGGGGAAGUGAUAAUGGGGGGAGUGACGUCAUCGAUGGCAGCAAAGUUUGCCUUUUUUCCGCCGAAUCCGCCGUCUUAUGGAGUGGUGGUGGAAGAAUCGACAGGGAAAUUGAAGAUGACUGAGGUGGCGGCGAAGGAAAACGUCGACGUCUUGAGGCUAUCGACGAAGAAAGGAACGGCGAUUGUGGCGGUGUACGUAAAGAAUCCGGCGGCGACGUUGACGCUGCUUUACUCGCACGGUAACGCUGCUGAUCUGGGGCAAAUGUACGAGUUAUUCACUGAACUUAGUCACCAUCUCCGGGUCAAUUUGAUGGGAUAUGAUUAUUCAGGGUAUGGACGGUCCACCGGCAAGCCAAGUGAGCAGAACACUUAUGCCGACAUAGAAGCAGCAUAUAGAUGUCUUGAAGAGACAUAUGGGGUGAAAGAGGAAGAUAUCAUAUUAUAUGGACAGUCAGUUGGGAGUGGACCCACAUUGGAUCUGGCAUCGCGAUUGUCAAGAUUGAGAGCGGUGGUUCUUCACAGCCCAAUACUCUCCGGACUUCGUGUAAUGUAUCCAGUGAAGCGGACAUAUUGGUUUGACAUAUAUAAGAAUGUUGACAAAAUACCAUUGGUAGAAUGUCCUGUCCUUGUUAUUCAUGGCACUGCAGAUGAUGUAGUUGAUUGCUCCCAUGGCAAACAACUUUUUGAGCUAUCCAAGCAGAAAUAUGAACCAUUGUGGGUUAAAAAUGGUAACCAUUGUGAUUUGGAGGUCUUCCCUGAGUACAUAAAACAUCUGAAGAAGUUCAUAUCAGCUAUUGAGAAAUCAACUGUUUUUAGAAAUGGAUCUGCACUAUGUAUGGACCAAAUAGAUAAACCUCGAAGCAGCACAGAUUGCAGACCUCGUCCAAGCACAGAUCAGAGAGAGAAAUCCAGGCAAAGUGCAGACAAGAGAGAGCCUAGAACAAGCACAGAUCGAAGAGAUAAAUCCAGAUCUAGCGUGGACCGCAAGGAAAAGAAAAGCAAGAGUUUGGAUCUUUCAGAAAAGGCGAACAAUAAUAUGGAACAACCAGAGAAAUCUAGAAACAGCAUUGACCGCUUUGGUGACAUGAUGAGAUCUGCUGUAUUGUGCAAUAUCGACUGUUUCAAGCCUGUGGGAGCAAAGGUCUGAAUGUCUGGUAAAGAGGGCAGUUUCAUACCAGGCAACGUUGCUGGAAUUUCUACCAAGGAUGUGCAUGCUUCUGAGCUCGACUGAACUUUCCAAUGCAAACACUGGUUGUAGAUACCACGGCAAACCAAAAUGGUCUUAGCAUGAUAUAGCUCACACGAGAUCCUACAAUUCGGAUGAAUGGGGUGGUAACCAGGGAAAAUUGGUUGGGUUUUCUCCCUUCGGGUUGGAUGGUUAUAUAUAUAUGACCCAUUACAAGUGUUCUUUAUUUAUAUGACCAAUUUCAUAGGAGAUCUAUAUGCUAAGACGUAGGAGAUCAGUGCUAUAAAACAAAUUAUUUUCUUCUAUUCAAAUUGUAAUUGGUUAUUUUAUACCAUUUCCUCUGUCCCCGUUCCUGUGCCAAUGGGAAAUGUUAUACUAGAAUACCCUGGAGAUAUGCUCUUAACCUGUUA